UUCAUGUUGCGAAGAGUCUCUGGUUUCAGCAGAGUCCAGAACUUCACUGAGGUCAACGUAUCCUAUCCAGCUCUGAUCUUCAUCUUGAGCCAUGAAAUCUCUACAGAUCAUCUGUCUUCUUUUCAUUUUUGUAGCCAGAGGAAGCUUUCGCUCAUGUGAAAUGUGUCACAACGUGGGAACUGAUUGUGGCUAUGGUCACGUAGAGGAGUGUCACUCUCCAGAAGAUCAAUGCGGCAAGGUGUUGCUGGAGAUUUCGUUAGCACCACUUUCCAUCCGAUCCAUUCAUAAGAACUGCUUCUCAUCCAGCCUCUGCAAACUUCAGCACUUCGAUGUCAAUGUUGGACAUGAGACCUAUCUGAGAGGAAGAAUCCAUUGUUGUGAUGAAGAAAAGUGUGAAGGCCGCCCAUUUCCUGGACUGCCCCUCUCCCAUCCAAAUGGAUACGUCUGUCCUGGCGUUCUUGGUCUAUUCUCAGAGGACAGCAGUGAAUCUGAAGCUGCUUGCAAAGGAGAUGAAACCAAAUGCAUUAACAUUGUGGGAUACAGAAAAGAAAGAUUUCCUGGAGACAUCGCUUAUAAUAUCAAAGGAUGCGUUUCUUCCUGUCCAGACCUGAAAUUGAGCAAUAGAACGCACGAAGAACGUAGAAAUGAUCUGAUAAAAGUUGAAUGUAGAGACGCCGCCAAAAUUACACCUUCUGAAUAAUACCGUCACCAUUUUGGAAUCUGAAGGUCAGCAGUUUCAUCCAAUAGAACCAUGGAAAUGGCUCUGAAUGGAAAACUUACAUUUUUAACUUCUGAUUCUUCCUGCCAACUAAUUCUAAGAAAUUAAAAAAGUAAAAUAAAAUAAAAGAAGCCAAGAGGCUGAGUUGGAA